CGGCCCGGGCGGCGGCCGGGUGGGGAUCCGCAGGCCUCCCGGGCGCGCGCGUCCCCCCCUCGGCGGCGCGCACGGGGCUCGGGCGGCGGCGGCGGCGGCAGCAGGUGGAGCCGGAGCCUCCGCGCAGCCGAGCCGCGGCCCCGCGGCGUCGCCGCCAUUAGACAAUAGCGCGGCGGCCGGGCGCGCGGGAAGCGGGGCCCGGGGCGCGCCGGCCGGCGCGGGAGGGGGCGCAGGAAGCGGGCGCGGCCGGGCGCGGAGGCGGCGGCCGGGAGCUGCCGAUCGGCGCCGGGACAAAGGCGCGGCCGCCCGGCGCCCGAGCUCCGAGCGGGCGCAGCCCGGGCGCAGCGCGCCCCCCGCCGCCCUGACAUGAUGUUCCCCCAAAGCCGGCACUCGGGCUCCUCGCACCUUCCGCAGCAGCUCAAGUUCACCACCUCCGACUCCUGCGACCGCAUCAAAGACGAGUUCCAGCUGCUGCAGGCCCAGUACCACAGCCUGAAGCUGGAGUGUGACAAGCUGGCCAGUGAGAAGUCUGAGAUGCAGCGCCAUUACGUGAUGUACUACGAGAUGUCCUACGGCCUGAACAUCGAGAUGCACAAGCAGGCUGAAAUCGUCAAGAGACUCAACGGCAUCUGCGCCCAGGUCCUGCCCUACCUGUCCCAGGAGCACCAGCAGCAGGUCUUGGGAGCCAUCGAGAGGGCCAAGCAGGUCACGGCGCCUGAGCUCAACUCCAUCAUCCGACAGCUCCAGGCGCACCAGCUGUCGCAGCUCCAGGCCCUGGCGCUGCCCCUGACGCCCCUGCCCGUGGGGCUGCAGCCGCCGUCGCUGCCGGCCGUGAGCGCGGGCACCGGCCUGCUGUCGCUGUCGGCGCUGGGCUCGCAGGCGCACCUCUCCAAGGAGGACAAGAACGGCCACGACGGGGACGCGCACCAGGAGGACGACGGGGAGAAGUCGGAUUAGCGGCGGCGGCCGGCGGGAGGCGGGAGGGGACGGCGCGGGCCGGCCGGCGCGCACGGUGCCGCUGAGUGGCCGGCGCGGCUCGCACGGCCCGCCCCGCCGCAUUGAUGGGCGCGCCCGCCGCGCAGCCCCCUGGCUUCGCCCCCGCCCAGCCGGCCCCCUUCCUGCCCCGCAGCCUGAACAGGUGACACCCGCCCAGGUGGGCCACGCCGAGGGCUGGAGGGCAACCGGGGGACCAGGUCCGCGGGGAGCAGAACCUCAAGAAACCCACACUCCCAGCACCCCUCCCGCACACGCCACCGCCGCCCACCCCGGCACUGCAUGCGACACCUCCCGCCCGGGCACCCAGUGGCCCAGGACCCACCUGCUCCUCCUCCGCCUCCGCCUCCCCCGCCAGUUCCAGACGCCCCCAGCCACCUGGUCCCCUCCCGUCGCCCCCGAGGGGGCGAAGCGCAGAGAGCUUAGCGGGACACGCAGGGUGGGGGCGGCCCAGGACUUCCCUUCUCCCCUUCCCGAAUAAAGAUGAGGGUACUAACGUCG